AUGGAGCAACCGACCACGCAGGACCCCACCGCCAACCUCGCCCACCCCCCCUCCCUCGAGCGCUACAACCUCCCGAUGCGCGCCUGGCUCGAGAACAACGGCAAGACGACGGAGCUGGACGGCCUCGCGACGAGCGCCCUCGUCUUCGACCGCCGCGGCCGCGUCCUCCUGCUGCAGCGCGCCGCCCACGACAGCAUGCCGCUGCGCUGGGAGGCGCCCGGCGGCGCCGUCGACGCCGCCGACCCGAGCGUGCUCGCCGCCUGCGCGCGCGAGCUGCGCGAGGAGACGGGGCUCGGGGCCGUCCGCGUCGUGCGCGUCGUCAGCGAGGGCCCCGGAAGGGAGCCCGGCAGCUCCUUGACGAACCGCACGGGCACGCUGGCGCUGCUGCGGUUCGUCUUUGAGGUCGAGGUCGCGGCGCCGGGCGGCGGCGACGGGGACGAGAUUGUCGUGCGGACCGAUCCCGAAGAGCACGCGGACCACGUGUGGGCUUCGGAGGAGGAGGUGGUGAGGGAGAGGGUCGGGGAGAAGGACAUCCCGAUCACGAACGCGCAGAUGGCGAGCCUGAUCCUCGACGGGUUCCGGCGGAGGCGGGAGGAGCGUGUUGUUUAA